UCGCUGCCAGGAGGAGGGAGGUAUGUCGGAUGAAAACACAAACACGGAAGAGAGGGAGUUGAAAGACAAUGACCAAGAAGGAAAGGUGACAGAUAAAGCUGAUGAACAAGUGGAACAUGCUCCCCACGACGUUGGGCUCAUUCAUCAAGACAGUCAGUCAGCAGGAACUGCCAAUGCAGCCCAGCAAAAGAUGAAAAUUGAUGUUCUGCUGAAACCAGCCGGGGAUGCUCCCAUCAUGAAGAAGAAGAAGUGGGCUGUUGACAGAACCAAGAGAGUCAGCUGGGUGUGCGAAUUCAUCAGGAAGUACAUCAAGCUGGAUAUAUCAGAGUCACUGUUUCUGUAUGUUAAUCAGUCUUUCGCUCCAUCGCCUGACACAGACGUAGGAGUUCUCUUUGAUUGUUUUGGAAGUGAUGGGAAGCUGGUUCUACACUACUGUCGGACCCAGGCUUGGGGCUGAGGGAGCAUGAUGCCCCUUGGAAUGGUCACUGCCGCUGGAAGGUGUGUGUCCACCCUGUGAAGAUGAUCUCCAGGAAUCAGAGGAAUGGAAGUCGAAUGUGUUGUGUGCCAGUGUGUUGUUUUUUGCAUAUUAUGACUCACUUUUAUGUUUGAAUGGCUAAAAUAUGAAUAAAUUAUGUCAAAUCUUA